AUGGCAGAAGCACCGAAGCGCGACGUGCGCAACCACAUCCUCUUCGAGAUCGCUACCGAAGUCGCCAACCGGGUGGGAGGAAUCUACUCAGUGCUGAAGUCCAAAGCUCAAGUGACGACGGCAGAAUAUGGCUCCCAGUACACCCUCCUCGGCCCGCUCAAUCGGGCUUCCGCCGCAGUGGAGGUGGAAGAGAUAGCACCCAAAGACCCGGCCAUGAUCGCAACGAUCAAGUCGAUGAACGAGCGUGGCAUACAGACCCUCUACGGCCGAUGGCUGAUUGACGGUGCGCCAAGAGUCCUGCUCUUCGACACUGGCACGGGUUACUACAAGCUGGACGAGUGGAAGGGCGAUCUGUGGUCCACCGCCGGCAUCCCCUCCCCACCAGACGAUCACGAGACCAACGAAGCUAUCGUCUUCGGCUACCUCGUCGCCUGGUUUCUGGGCGAGUAUGUCUACCACGAGAAGGAGAAGGCCGUCAUCGCCCAGUUCCACGAGUGGCUGGCCGGUGUUGCUCUCCCUCUCUGCCGAAGAAGGAAGAUCGACGUCACCACCAUCUUCACCACCCACGCCACCCUCCUCGGCCGCUACCUCUGUGCCGGAUCCGUCGACUUCUACAACAACCUGCAAUACUUUGAUUGCGAUGCCGAGGCCGGGAAGCGUGGCAUCUACCACCGCUAUUGCAUAGAACGCAGCGCCGCCCACACCGCCGACGUCUUCACCACCGUCUCCCACAUCACUGCGUACGAGAGCGAGCACCUCCUCAAGCGAAAGCCGGACGGUGUGCUCCCCAAUGGUCUGAAUGUGAAGAAGUUCAGCGCCACCCACGAAUUUCAAAAUCUGCAUCAAACAAAUAAAGAACGCAUCAAUGAUUUCGUGCGCGGCCACUUUUACGGCCACAACGAUUUCGAUCCCGACAAGACCCUCUACAUCUUCACCGCUGGCCGCUACGAAUACAGGAAUAAAGGAGUGGACAUGUUUAUCGAGUCACUCGCCCGUCUGAAUCACAAAAUGAAGUCCUCCGGCUCCGACAUGACCGUCGUCGCCUUCCUCAUCUUCCCUGCCAAAACCACCAGCUUAGCAGUCGAAGCGCUCAAAGGCCAGGCCGUGCUGAAAUCCCUCCGCGACUCGAUCGACCACAUCAAGGAGAAUGCCGGGCGGAAACUCUUCGACAAGGCCUUGGCGUGGCAUGAGGGUCAAGAUCCACCGGAUGAGAAGGACCUCCUUACACCGCAGGACAAGAUUAUGCUCAGGAGACGGUUGUUUGCCAUGAAGAGAUAUAAUCUGCCGCCGAUUGUGACGCACAAUAUGGUCAAUGAUAGCGAGGAUCCGAUCCUGAACCAGUUGAGGAGGUGUCAGAUGUUCAAUCAUCCUAGUGAUCGGGUGAAGGUCGUCUUCCACCCCGAGUUCCUCUCCUCCGGCAACCCCGUCCUCCCCAUGGAUUACGACGACUUCGUCCGCGGCACCCACCUGGGCGUCUUCGCCUCCUACUACGAACCCUGGGGCUACACCCCCGCCGAAUGCACCGUCAUGGGUGUGCCAUCCAUCACGACCAACCUGAGUGGUUUCGGUUGCUACAUGGAAGAACUGAUCGAGAACGCCUCCGACUACGGCAUCUACAUUGUCGACCGUCGCACAAAAGGCAUAGACGACAGCGUCAACCAGCUCGCAGACUACAUGUUCGAAUUCACCCGCAAAAGCAAACGCCAACGUAUCAAUCAACGUAACCGUACCGAACGACUCUCCGACUUGCUGGAUUGGAAACGAAUGGGCAUGGAAUAUGUCAAGGCGCGGCAGUUGGCCUUGAGACGCGCGUACCCGGCCUCCUUUGGUGAGGACAGCGAGGAACCUGGUUACUUUGAUGGGACGGAGAGUGUCAAGAUUGCGCGGCCGUUGAGCGCGCCGGGCAGUCCGAGGGAUCGGAGCGGGAUGAUGACGCCGGGGGAUUUCGCCAGUUUGCAGGAGGGGAGGGAGGGGUUGAGCACGGAGGAUUACAUUGCUUGGAAGUUGCCUGAGGAGGAAGAAACGGAGGAUUAUCCUUUCCCUCUUACGCUUAAGCAGAAGAAUAAGAUUACGGGUGAGCUUGAAAGUGGUGCGACGACACCUACGCUCAAUGGCAAUGGAACUGGUGGUGCGGGUGCAGCUGCAGGGUUGGGGAUGGGUGGCAUGGCGGGGAUACCCGGGGUCGGGGCGACGGGAACGGCUAGUGGGAAUGGUCUUGGAGUUAUGGGGCAGGGGGUUUCGAAGCAGUAG